AUGUCAUUAUCAGAUAGUUAUUCAUGUCGUUUAUCAAUAUAUUCAUCAUUAGAAAAACUUUUUUCACCAAAUCCUACCAUACCAUAUCCAUCACAUGUUUAUAUACAUGGAAAUAAUAAUACAGGAAAAUCAACAAUUAUUAAACAUGUACUUAAUCAAUAUAAACAUACAAUUUUAUGGUUUGAUUGUCGUGAAAUAUAUUCAUUAAAUAUGUUCUAUCAUAUAUUUAUUUCAUUAUUAUCAAAUGAUACAAUUCCAACAAUGAAAAAUUUCAAUGAUUUUAUUCGAAUAUUACGUGAUAUAUCUAUUCAAGAUAUAAAUCAUGUAAAAAAAAAGAAAACUAAAUCAUAUUAUUUUAUUGUACUUCAUCAUAUUGAACUAUUAUUAAACUAUGAUACAACAGGACAUUUACUUUAUCUUCUAUUUAAAUUAAAUGAAUUAACAUUAGGAUAUUUUCAUCAUACACUUAUAUUAAUUGGUCAUCAACCAUUUUAUCAAUUACCACACAUGAAUCAAAUUGAAGUUGAAUUAGGUGUAUUAACACCAACAACUAUAUUUAUACCGGCUUAUACUCGUACAGAAAUUGUUACAAUAUUACAAAAUAUUUUAACACAACAACAAGAUAUUCUUCCAUCAUCUAUUAGUCAAUUACAUAUUAUAAUUGAAUUAGCGCUUCAAAUUUUUUAUACUGUUACAAAUGAUCUUGUCGAAUUAAAAGAUAUGAUAACAAUGUGUAUUAAAGAUUUUUUACGUAAUACAACAAAAAACCAGAUCAAUGAUGAUGGAACUAAUAAUGAUUAUCGAAUGCUGUAUCAAAAAGAAUUUUUUAUGCAGGUUCUUAAUUCUGUUUAUACACGUUCAAUGAGUAUUCGAAAAUUUCUUCAUACACAUACAGCUGAUGAAGAAACAACUGAUAAUUCAUCUCAAAUAUCUACUAUUAAUAAUAAUAAUACACGUGAUCUUCCAUUAUCAGCAAAAUUUCUCUUAAUUGCUAUUUAUUUAGCAACACAAAAUCCAAUAAAAUAUGAUCGUAUGUUAUAUGAUAAACAAAGUCAAGGUAAAAAAAGUCGACGUGCGAAAAUAAUGCAUAAACGAACACAACUUGAAUCAUCAAAAAUUGAAUAUUUACCAUUAUCAUCAAAUAAACCCAUAUUACUUAAUCGUCUAUUAGCUAUAUAUUGUUCAUUACAAGGUGAUACAAUACCAUUAACAACACAAAUCUAUACUCAAUUAUCUUUAUUAACAUCAAUGCGUUUAAUUGAAUUUGUUGGAAGUUCAAAUGAAACUGGUAUAUUUAAUUUAAAUGAACCUAAAUAUCGUUGUACAAGUUCAAGUGAUUAUAUUCGACGUUUAGCUGCAUCGAUUGACUUUAAAAUUGAUGAUCUUAUACUAGUCUAA